AUGGAAAAGGAUGAGAGCAACUUCGCAAGGAGAUGCAACAAGUGCCAGCGGCAUGCGAACUACCCCAGACUGUCACCUAAUGAGCUGGUGAGCAUGACCAAUCUGUGGCCCUUUGUCGUGUGGGAUAUCGACUUGAUUGGCACGUUACCAACAAGAAGAGGAGGAGUAAAGUAUUUGGUUGUAGGAGUAGAUUACUUUACUAAAUGGGUUGAAGCGGAGCCUCUGGUCAAUAUAACGACUAAGCAAAUCACUGCCUUUGUCAACAAGUUUAUCGUUUAUAGGUAUGGAGAUCCCUACAAGAUAAUCUCCGACAACGGCACCCAGUUUGAAGGAGGGUUGUUCGACGAAUAUUGCAGAGAAAUGGGGAUCAAUAGGAGCUUUUCCGCUGUAGUACGCCCACAAGCCAGUGGACAAGUGGAGGCCAUCAACAAGAUCAUGAAAAAAGAACCUAAAAAAAAAAUUGGAGAAGUUGAACGGAGCCUGGGUCAAAGAAUUUCCUAA